AUGCCUUUCAAGUGUUCAGUAAAAGGAUGUCGCUCUAAUUAUGAUUCAACUAAAGAGAAAGUUUCUAUUUUUCAAUUUCCUGCUGAUAUAAAAAUACAAGAAGAAUGGCUAAAAAUUAUUGAAAUAUCAAAUUCAUCAGUUACUAAUUCAUCAAGAGUUUGUGCAAAGCAUUUUGAUCCAAAGGAUAUUGAUACAUCUGCUAGAAGAACUUUGCUCAAGCCAACAGCAAUUCCUAUCUAUCAAAACUAUGAUAAGCAACAGGCUCAAGUAUCUAUACAAUUAGAUAAUUUAACCGAACAAGAAUUUUGUGAAAUCUUGGUAAAAGAUGAAUGUGACGAUGUUGGCGAUAUAAUUCCUGAUUUCGGAUAUUUCUGUAAUCAAUUAGAGGUACUAGAGUCCCUGGAGAAUUGGAAUAUGUACAUAGAAAGUAGAGGAGUAUGCCUUUAUCGACUUUCAUGUGUUGACGAUGGAUUUUCAGAUGUUGUUAUGAAAAUGAAAGUUCUAAUUAACAAUCAAAUGCUUAAAAGAAUUGAUUCACUAAAAGAGGAAUUGAAAAUUAUAUAUGACGAAUUAAAUAAUGCAACUAUAAAUUAUGAAAUUGAUUCAUUGGAAGAAUUCAUUGAAGAGUUAGAAGAAUUUAGUGAUAUAAGUGUUGAUGAAAAAUUGUCAUCUGUUACAAACAUGGAUUUUGAACAUCAUAAAAAUGAUACUGAAUUUUUAGAAACAUCAGCAGAAGUUUGUAUGACAGAUGAUUCUAAAAAUGCAUUCAAAUGUGGCGUUUGCUCUUUUUCAUUUUUAACGCUGCUUAGCCUUCGAUCUCAUAAAGAAUCAUGCAAAAAAUCUGCAGAAACUAAUGGAAGCAAGAAAAAAAUUAAUAUUUGCACAGUUUGUGGAAAAACUUUUCAAAAGGCUAAAAGUUUGAAAGAACACGAGAAACUUCACGAUUCAAAUUAUCGUAAAAAAUGUUCAUUAUGUGAUGCUGUUAUUUAUGCACGCAGUUUGAAACGACACAUGGAUACAGUACACAAGAAAUUAAAAUCUUUUCAAUGUAAAAUGUGUAGUAAACGAUUUUCAACACUUUCCUUGAAAAGAGAGCACGAAAAACGACACAAACAGAAUUUUGAAUUCGAAAAAUAUUCUGAGCAACUAAAUGGAUUUUCACAAUACAAUUGUCCGAAUUGCACGUUAUCUUAUGAAAACAGCUCAUCACUAAGGAAACAUAUGCAGAAGGAUUGUCAAGCUAAUGAAAAAAAAAGAAUUUAUCGAUACCCUUGUAAGAAGUGCUCAAAAACCUUCUUCACAAAGAUUUCAGCUGCAAAACACAUGAAAGUAGAACAUCAAAUUGUCAUUAAGAACACUGAAAAGUUUUGCUUUUUAUGUAAUGAAGAAUUUGAAGACUACGUUAAUCAUGUUCGAUUGCAUUCUUGUAACUUUUCCUGUCAAUUCUGUGGAUCAAAAUUUCUAACGCAGGAAAAAGCUUUGAACCACGAAAAACUCAAACAUUCCGAUGAAACUAUAGCUGAUCGUCCAUUUAAAUGUCCUGAAAAUGAUUGCACUUUAUCUUUUAAAAAUCCUAAUCAUCUUAAAAGUCAUCAGCUCGCGAUACAUAACAAUACACAUGAUCGUGAAUUUCAAUGCAAUGAAUGUAAUAAAAAGUUUACAUUGCGAUAUCUUCUUACAGCACACCUUCGAUCACACAAUAAAAACUUUGCAAUGUUUCCUUGUAAUAUUCAACAAUGUAAUCGAAGAUUCAAGAAACUAAAUAAUUUAAAAAUUCAUGCUUUGAAAUUCCAUGGCAUACCAGAAAUAUAUUUAUGUAAAGAAUGUGAUCAAAGAUUUAUGAUGCUGAAGGACCUAAAAUAUCAUCUAGAAGAUGAACACAAUCAAACUUGCAAUAUUCAAAAAUAUUUCAAUUGCUAAUUUUAAAUUAUAAUUAUUCACUAAUCUUUCUUGUUUACUUAAAUAUUUCAUUUAUAUAAAUAGGUAAUAAUAAAUAAAACAAAUCUCUAGCUGUA